UUUUCGCUGGUCUCUAAUUGAAACUUUAAUUAUGGCCACUUUUUGAAGAAAUGCUUAGAUCAUCUUCUCGAUUAUCUUUUCAUGUUUAUUUUUUCAUCUACUCGGGAGGCAGAGGGAACUAGCGGAGAGAGAAACCUGCAUUCCGUCUGCUGGUUCAGUCCCCACACGCACAUGCAGGUGAUGGCUGGGGCUGGGCCCGCGCACCUGAGUCACCGUCUGCUGCUGGCUCAGAGGCCGAGCGGCCGGCACUCGGACGCGGGACGCAGUGCCUUUCUCGAAGGCGUUAAGCAGUCCUCCAGAUUACCGGACUAUCCCUGCGUGCGGAGCCGCCCCUCCUUUGGCUUGUUUCGUAGCGUAGGAUCAGCACCGCCUGUCUGCUCUGCCGGCAGCCCUAGGCGCUGAGCUCCCAGCUCUUCCCCCAGGACCCGCGUUUCUCGCAUAUUUUAAGCCUCAAAGAUCUCAGGGCCUCUCCAGUGUCUCUUCCUGCUCUGCCGACUUCAUGCUGGGUGCCUUCCUCUCUGCUGCUCUUCGCUCCUGGUUCCUCCUCCAGGAGGGCAACCAGGCCGCCCAGCAGGCCCUCUGUGGCCUCAGGAGUGGGACUCGGACACUAACUCAGGGCCUGUGGGACAAGCUGCUGAUGGCUGUGUGCUUGUUUUUCAGACUUGUUUACGUGGCCGGCCGGGAAGGCCACAUGCUCAAAGUGCUCUCUUACAUCAGUGUCAGGCGCCUGACCCCAGCCCCUGCCAUCAUCUUUUACGGGAUCGUUGCGACCAUUUAUAUCAUUCCUGGUGACAUAAACUCCCUCGUCAAUUACUUCAGUUUUGCUACAUGGCUGUUUUAUGGCCUGACGAUUCUAGGACUCAUCGUGAUGAGGUUUACAAGGAAAGAACUGGAAAGGCCCAUCAAGGUGCCCAUCUUCAUCCCCAUCCUGGUGACCUUCAUAGCUGCGUUUUUGGUCCUGGCCCCAGUCAUCACUAACCCAGCGUGGGAGUAUCUCUACUGUGUGUUAUUUAUCCUGAGCGGCCUUGUAUUUUACUUCCUUUUCGUCUACUACAAGUUUGAAUGGGCUCAGAAAAUCUCAAAGUAUCACAUCAGGUGGUUCCGCUAUGAAAGCACAGAGCUGCAGCGCCCCACAGUGCACCACCGCCCCCGGCUGAACACCUCCGGGCCCGUCCUGGGCCGCCUGUUUCCAUCACUUCGCCUGCCAGGCAGGAAGGGAAAGCAAAGCAUUUUAAACAGAAUCUUAGGGAGGGGGCCCCUCCCCCGUCUCUUUACUCUGACCUCAACCCUGCGCUGGGAAGGAGUGAGGUUGUGGGCACUCCGACAGAAGGGAAAGGAAAUGUAUUCGUGUGAGAGGAAACAGCCUUCUGGGCCUGUUGUGGAGCCCAUCACCAUGCACCUCCAGAUGCUCAUGGAAGUUGUGCCGCCGGAGCCAGACCCCAAGUGCAGCCACGGCCCAGCGGCUGCUGUGUGCCUGCCCGAGGGACACAACACGCUCCCGCGAAUAAAGCGCAUCCUGCAUCGCCGCCAGCGAUGUGUGUGCCUCUGCAGGCCUCGGGGCUUCCGCUUCCGCUGA